GGGGCCCCCUCUGGAGCCAUCCUGAUGGCUUUGGGGGCCUUGCUUCCAUUUUCCAUUAUUAUGUGGACUACCGGAGCGACAGCGCAGUCCAAGACCUUGCAGGUUUGUGAUGAGGAGGGAGCUUCCAUCUUCUCUCUGCUUCUUCAUCCUCUUUUUUAAAGCAAUUUAGACGUAGAUUUUAGAUCAGAUUCCGAACCUAAUCCAUGAUUAGCUAACUGGAGUUAGAAAAGGGAAGAGUGUGUCAUAGUUUUGGAUGCUGUUAGGUGGAUAUGCGCUGAAAAAAAGUGUUUAUUAUUAUUUUUUUCCCCUUUUUUUUUGGUUUUGUUGCAUUUUUUCCCCCCCCUCACUCUCACAGGAGGCGUUCUGCCGAUGUCUUCCUCGCGCGUUUGUGCUUGAGAUCCGAGGCGAAAAGCAAAUAUUGCGCUUUUAUUUUCCAAACGAGCAUCAUGCCCGCACGCCGGCGUGCCGUGCCGGGGGAUGGGAGCGCAUGACGGGAUUACUACAUCCUCGCACUUUUGCCCCGACAUACCCGCUCCGGCUCAACACGGUCGCUUACCGACUGGGCUAAUUGGAUUUCGCCCCAACAUCCACCUAGUCGUGCCAAAAUAAGAGCAAACUGGUGUGUUGGAGCGCGCGGGCGGGCGAGCGGGCGAGCGAGCGAGCGAGCGAGCGAGCGGAGCGGAGCGGAGCGGAGCGAGGGCUCCGUGUGUGUAAUGCCGGCGGGGCACCCGCGGCUCCGGUCAGGCAAGCUGAGCCAGAAUAUUCUGACAUACCGCUGUUGCAGCUCGUAGAAAAUUAUCAGCCCCAAACUGAGCAACUUCAGCGGCUUUCUGUAGGAUGUCGCGCCGCAAGCAAGCUAAGCCAAGAUCCCUGAAAGUAGAAGACAAUGUGACAGAGGACCAGCACAGUCCUGGGCAGACUGCCAUUCAGAGCGAUCCAGAGUGCGCCCUCGAGAGGGCGGCGGAGGAUGGUGAGGCCGGGCGUCUGAGGAAGAGGCUGCUCUCUCCGGAGGAAGGGGAGGAGGGAGAAGAGGAGGAUGAGGAGCCGGCGCUGCACAGCUGCGACAGCUGCCGGCAGGUGUUCGCGUCGCUGAGCGAUCUCACCGAACACAAGAUUAAUCAAUGCCAGCUGACAGAUAGUGCUGAUAUUGAGGAUGAUCCUUCAUGUUCUUGGCCUGCAUCAUCUCCCUCCAGUAAAGACCAGACUUCUCCAGGACACUGUGAGGACUAUGAUUUCGGCGAGGAAGAAGGGGGCCCUGGCUUGCCAUACCCGUGCCAGUUCUGUGACAAGUCCUUUAGUCGCCUAAGCUUCCUGAAGCGUCACGAGCAGAGCCACGGUGAUAAGCUCCCUUUUAGCUGUACCUUCUGCAGCCGACUGUUCAAACACAAGCGUAGCCGAGAUCGUCACGUGAAGUUGCACACCGGUGACAAAAAGUAUCACUGUGGGGAAUGUGACUCUGCCUUCUCCCGAAGUGACCACCUAAAAAUCCACAUGAAAACCCACGCCUCCAACAAACCUCAUAAGUGCCCCGUGUGCCGCCGUGGCUUUCUGUCCUCCAGCUCUCUCCACGGCCACAUGCAAGUACACGAAAGGGGCAAAGAUGGUGGCAGCUCAGGCCUUUCUAGGGCUGAUGAAUGGAAGUUAAAAGAGACCCGCAAAUGCAGCCGCUGUGAAGAGGGCUUUGAUGUCCCAGAAGACCUCCAGAAGCACAUUGCUGAGUGCCACCCUGAGUGCUCUCCAUCAGAGGAUGGAGGCCUAGGUGCACCCCUGCAGUGCAUCUACUGCCAUGAGCCCUUUAGUGAUGAGGGCACCCUGCUGACCCACAUUGACCAGACCCAUAGCCGUGACAGAAAGGGCCACUCCUGUGCUAUCUGCUCUGAGCACUUCCUGUCUGUUGAGGAUCUCUAUGCUCACAUGGAUGUCCAUCAGCUCCCUGAAUCCAGUAACCAUAGCAACAGCCCCUCACUGCUUACAGUGGGUUACACCUCUGUUUCCAGCACCACCCCUGACUCCAACCUCUCUGUUGACAGCUCCACCAUGGUGGAGACAGCCCCAACCAUACCCAAGACAAGAGGGAGAAGAAAGAGGGCUGCCCAGCACACAUCUGACAUGGGAGGUCGUGCUUCCAAGCAGCCAAAGAUCUCCUACAGUUGCAUCUAUUGCAACAAGCAGGUAUUCUCCAGCUUGGCUGUGCUUCAGAUUCACCUGCGAACAAUGCACCUAGACAAACCUGAGCAGGCUCACACUUGCCAGUUUUGCUUGGAGGUCCUCCCCUCCUUAUUCAACCUGAAUGAACACCUCAAGCAGGUACACAAUGCAGAGGACCAUGCUGCCCUGCUAGCCAGCUUGCCUGAUGCGCUUCUUCAGUGUAACUUCUGCCCUGAGGUGUUGAGUGAUCUCAACGCUCUCCAGGAGCACAUCCGCUGUUCCCAUGGUUUUCCCAGCCCUGUAGCCAAGGAGAGCAAUGCCUUCUUUUGUCCCCAGUGCUUCAUGGGGUUCUUGACCGAGGCUACCUUGGAAGAGCAUGUCCGGCAGACUCACUGUGAUGGGGGAAAUAUGCGUUUUGACUCCCCCCUUGCCGUUACUCCCAAGGAGCCUAUUGUGGAGGUAUAUUCCUGUUCCUACUGCACCAACUCCCCUAUAUUCAACAGUGUUUUGAAGCUCAACAAGCACAUUAAAGAGAAUCACAAGAACAUUCCACUGGCGCUGAACUAUAUCAACAACGGAAAGAAAUCUCUGCGCACUCUCAGUCCUUCUUCUCCAAUAUCUGUGGAACAAACUGCCUUACUGAAGCAAGGCAGCUCAGUCUCUCGCGCUACCAGUGAGUUCAUCUGUAAUCAAUGUGGUGCCAAGUAUACCAGCCUUGACCUUUUCCAGACUCACUUAAAAACUCAUCUGGAUGGCCUGCAGCCUCAACUCACCUGCCCUCAGUGCAACAAAGAAUUCCCCAACCAAGAGUCCCUGCUGAAGCAUGUGACCAUUCAUUUCACUAUUACCUCCACUUACUACAUCUGUGAGAGUUGUGACAAGCAGUUCACCUCAGUGGAUGACCUACAAAAGCACCUUCUUGACAUGCACACAUUUGUGUUUUUCCGUUGCACCCUGUGCCAGGAAGUGUUUGACUCCAAGGUGUCUACCCAGCUCCACCUUGCUGUGAAGCACAGCAAUGAGAAGAAGGUGUACCGUUGCACCUCCUGUAACUGGGACUUCAGGCAUGAGACAGACCUGCAGCUGCAUGUCAAGCACAGCCAUUUGGAAAACCAGGGUCGUGCUCACCGCUGCAUUUUCUGUGGAGAGUCUUUUGGCACAGAAGUGGAGCUGCAGUGCCACAUCACCACCCACAGCAAAAAGUACAACUGCCGCUUUUGCAGCAAGGCCUUCCAUGCCAUUGUCCUGCUGGAAAAACACUUGAGGGAGAAGCAUUGUGUGUUUGAGGGCAAAGCCCAGAACUGUGGUGCCAAUGGCUCUACAACAGGAGGUGGAGAGGGCCAGUCUAAAGAAGAUGCUGACUUACAAGGCCUCCUGACCAAUAGCCAUGGUGGAGGGGCAGCAGGAGGGUCUGUGGUGGAGUCCCAGAACAGCCGUGAUGGCAGUGAGGAGGAGGUGGACACUGCAGAACCCAUGUAUGGGUGUGACAUCUGUGGGGCCUCCUACACCAUGGAGUCCCUCCUCACCAACCAUCAGCUGAGGGACCACAAUAUCCGCCCUGGAGAAAGUGCCAUGAUGAAAAGGAAAGCAGAAAUGAUCAAAGGCAACCACAAGUGUAAUGUCUGUUCUCGCACCUUCUUCUCAGAGCCUGGGCUGAGAGAGCAUAUGCAGACCCACCUUGGGCCUGUCAAGCACUACAUGUGCCCCAUCUGCGGUGAGCGUUUCCCCUCUCUGCUCACCCUGACUGAGCACAAGGUCACCCAUAGCAAGAGCCUGGACACUGGCAGCUGCCGCAUUUGUAAGAUGCCUCUACAGAGUGAGGAGGACUUCCUGGAGCAUUGUCAGAUGCACCCUGACCUGAGGAAUUCCCUGACAGGCUUCCGCUGUGUGGUCUGCAUGCAGACUGUCACCUCCACACUGGAGCUCAAGAUCCAUGGUACAUUCCACAUGCAAAAGACAGGCACCAUGUCCACCAACCACCCUAUGGGCCGUAACACUGCCCUCUCCCAGAAUCAGCAGCACCACCAGGCUCAAAAGUUCUUUAAGUGUGCCUCCUGUUUGAAGGAUUUCCGCUCCAAGCAAGAGCUGGUGAAACUGGACAUCAAUGGACUGCCGUAUGGCCUCUGUGCAUCCUGUGUGACAGCAGCUGGCUCCAAGAGCUCCAGCCCCACAGUGAACGGAGGAAGGCAGCAGCAACAACAGCAGCAGCAGGGUGGAGCCACCAACCCAGCAACGACUACAGCUUCAUGGGUCCAGGGGGAGAGUCUCAGCCCCGGGGGAGGGAAAGGAAAGGUUGCGUCUUCAUCGUCCUCAUCCUCCUCCACAUCCUCAUCAACUGCUGCCAAAACACGAUGCUCCAGCUGCAACGUCAAGUUUGAAUCUGAAGCAGAGCUGCAAAACCAUGUCCAGACGGUGCAUCGGGAACAAGCAGGGGACAGCAACAGCGGGCAGCUCAGAACUCCCCAGGUGUCGCCCAUGCCCAGAACGAGCCCCUCACAAACUGAAGAGAAGAAGACGUACCAGUGCAUCAAAUGUCAGAUGGUGUUCUACAAUGAAUGGGACAUCCAAGUCCACGUGGCCAACCACAUGCUGGGUAGGAAUUGAUACUUUUUGUUUUUCGCCUGAUUUCAUGACUGUCUCUGUUGCAGUCCUGCAGUCACACUUUUGAUCUGAGAAAAUCCCAGUGCAACUUACCGAUGUAGAAUUCUGGACACAUAUUUGGAUGAUGUAUCUUAGCAUUUCCAGCCUGCUGGGAUAGACUCCAGCCUCUCGCAAUCCUGAAUUUGACUAAGCAGGUAUAGAUAAUGGAUGGAUGAAUGGACAGACAGAUGGAGGGAUGGAUGAUUUUUAAGUCUGUGAUAUUAAGAUGCAGUCAGUGAUUUUAUGUAACAGGUCAUCUGUAUAAAUUUGUAUAAACAAACUAGCAAUUUUUUUGUU